AUGUUCAACUGGAUAAAAUCCCCAACACUCCCAGACACCAUCGAGACCCAAGCCUUCCGCUCCAUCUCUGGAGGACCGAUCCUCCGAAUCAACACCCUCAACGACCGCACCCACCGCAUGAAACUCGUUCCCUGGGAAGACAUCCUUGAACUCUUUCCCAACGCCAUCUAUCUCCGUGAUGCCAAUGGCAUCGUCAUGCCUGCCCGUGAUAACUCUUCCAAGAGGAUAUCGCCAAAAUCAAUCAAACUGCAAGCGGACGUUGUUCUAGAAGUCGUAUCCACCCACGACGAACCACCAACCUCCGCACGCCCCGAAAUCAUCACCAGCACAGCCGAAGAUGACCCUGUUAUCCAAUCCAUGGCAGGAACAGGAAUCACAGGAGGAAGAACCUCUACCUCUUCGGUACCACGAGGAUCCACAGACUUUGACCUCGCACGAUCCGCAUCUUCUGCAAGGAACAGCUCAGGACGCAACACCCAGACUACCCAUACCGGCAGCUAUAACAAGUCAUAA